AUGAGUCACUACUAUCCUUCUUUGUCUCUGUUCUGCCAUUUUUCUUCUCUGUCACCUGACCCCCCCUCCUCUUUUUUCUUUCCCUCCCGCCACUUCGCUACAUUUUUCCUAAUCGUCCUCCUCCUUUCUUCUUUUCCUCUCUCACAACCUCUUUUUCUCCGCCCCCUCGUCGGCUACUCUUGUUUUGCUCUCUCUCUCUCUCUCUUUGACCACUUCACUUUUCAUUCUCCUCCUUUCUUCUUUUCCCCCUCUCUCAUUCACCACUUCUUUUUAUCCUCCUCCUCCUUUUUCCCCUCUCUCUCUUGCCACAUCUUUUCUCUCCUCAUCUCCUUUUUCCUUCUCCUCCUUUUCCCCCUCUCUCAUUCAUCAGGUCUUUUUAUCCUCCUCCUCCUUUUUCUUUCUCUCUCUUUCGCCACAUCUUUUUCUCCCCACUUUUUCGCCUCUUCUUUUUUCAUUCUCCUCCUUUCUUCAUGUCUCCCUCUCUCAGUCACCACCUCUUUUUCUUCUCCUCCUUUUUUCUUUCCCUCUCUCUGUUUCGUCACCUCUUUUUCCACCCACCUCGCCUUCGCCACUUCUUUUUUCCUUCUCCUCCUUUCUUCUUCCUCAACACCUCUUUUUCUCAUCCUCCUCUGUUCUUUCCUUCGUCUUUUUUCUCCCCACUUUCCUCUCCCUUUUAAAUUUGUUUUCCAACAGUUUCUUUUCACUUACUUUCUACUUUUCCCCACUUUAACCUAA